AUGUCUAGCACAGGAGUUACCGCGAUAAUGUUUCAGUGUGUGUUUGAAGGAAGCCUGUCAAUGCAAGACACCGAAAUUGAACGAAGGCCAUACCAUAAGAACUGCAGUUGCGCUCUCCACUCCAAGUCUGGUGUUUGCUCCAACGCUUGUCAGCGAAACCUUUCCUUUCCAAAGAAACAGUUAGGGACCAAUCGUUCCUUAUGCAUGCAGGCUAUUGCAACAACUUGCAAAUUGUCUUCUGCUCUCGUCACAUCUACAUCCACCGGAAACAGCGAAAGUGUGACUGGGGUUCAUAAUACGGCCUUGUCACGGAGGCAAUAG